AUGUCAGUGUCUGCAAUCGCCUCGCUGCGGCCGGUCGGGGGCAGAUGCCUUCGCCAUGCCACGACGGGGCUGCUCUCCGUGCAGGUCAAAUCGCCCGCGGCAACCGUCCACUUGCGCGCUGUUGUAGCUCUGCGACCCGAGCAGAGACGACACCAAUCGACGUCUCCAACGCCUCGAGAUCACGAACCAACGCCUGGGAAGCCUCAGAUUACCUUUCGCCAGUUUGUUGGGCGCGCUCUGGGAGUCAGUCUGCGGAACCUCGUGGUUGCGCUGAGCCCUCAAGGCAUUCGGCGGUCUUAUCGCGAGAAUCCAGCUGUGACCACGAUGAACAUUCUCCUCUUGGUAUUCACUUUUGUCUUCUCCGCGGUAGCAAUCAGAGCCUACAUCAAUACGUUUUACAACUCGCAGUUCAGCAGAUACCCGGAGCCUGUCGCAAACACUUUGCGCCGCGCCAUCUACUACACCAAUUACAAACCCGAUCCCGAGCUUGCUCUAAGAUAUUAUAAAAAGGCAAUGGAGCAGUGUACAGAAAUUGGGCUAGACCCUUUCUCUGACGAAGUGCUGGGUAUUAGGAUCCAAGUGGCCUUUUGGCUUGAGAAGAUCAACAGCCACAAAGCUGCCAUCGACGUGCUCGAGUCAGUUCUCGGAGACUGCCGGAAGUGGGUUGAUGUCAUGGAACAAUCUGUAAAGGACGGGAAAGUGAAUGACCAGGGAAGAUAUGUUGGUGAAGCUCAGCAACAGGUCGCUGCAGCGAAUACCACCUCUGAUGACAAGCCCAAAGAGGAAGCGGACGAAGCUGCCCCUGCGGAGCCCAUUGAGACUCUGUGGCGCAAACGAGAGCGACUGCUUUUGAAAGCCAUUUCCACAAGCGUCAAGCUGGGUGAAUUGUACGCAGAUGAGCAUGUGCUCAAUGCUGACCAGUCUCACACUCAUCUUGUCUGGGCAGUUGAGACUUCGCUGAAAGAAUUCCGAAGGCGCAGAACCGAGGGCCCCAAACCCGGCGAAGAUAAGUGGCUCAGCCCUGAAGAACUUGGAGGAUCAAUGGAGUCUCUGGGUCGAGACUAUGAGCGCCGCUCCCAGUUCCAGCUCGCCAUCCCCUUAUUCUUCCAAGCUCUCCGACUAUGCGAAAGCCCCUGCCACCGAGCAGUCAUCAUGAACAACCUGGCGGCAUCAUUUGCUCAGCAACCUCUUUACGCUGCAGGUACAAUGGAGCCCUCUGAAGGCUUAAAGGAGCUUUUCAACGAUUCUAUGCCAAAGACGCGUAAAGAAUUUCUCGAGGCGGGCCUGAAUUGGGCACAGAAUGCAUACGUUCACGCCAAGGAUGUGAAGGGUGACGAUCGUACCCCUGAGUGCGAUGAGGCAUGCGCUGUUGCGCUUUGCAACUGGGGAGACGUGGCAGCCAUGCUGGGCAAGACAGAGCUGGCGAAGAAGAAGUACAACGCGUGCAUUGAGAUGAGCAAAAAGAUGGACUUUUCCGAGGGGGUUAAGCAGGCGCAAGAAGGUCUGUCAAAGCUGACGACUGCGUCUUUGACUAACGCUUGA